CAAAUUUGAAUUAAUUCAUCGCCACAUCCUCAUCGUUCCAUUGCGCUUAUAACCUUUGCUUUGUUCUUAAACCGUAACAAAUCCCUGCACACAAGAUGGGUAGGGAGGACAAAGCCACAUGGAAGUCCAAUUAUUUUCUUAAACUUGUUCAAUUAAUCGAUGAUUAUCCAAAGUGUUUCAUUGUGGGCGCUGACAAUGUCGGCUCCAGACAAAUGCAGCAAAUUCGUAUGUCAUUACGAGGAACAGCCGUCGUACUUAUGGGUAAAAACACCAUGAUGCGAAAAGCGAUCAAAGGACAUAUCGAACGUAAUCAAGCCCUAGAAAAACUAUUACCCCACAUCAAGGGUAAUGUUGGUUUCGUGUUCACACGUGGUGAUUUGGUGGAAGUCCGUGACAAACUAUUAGAAAACAAAGUACGUGCCCCAGCUCGUGCUGGUGCUAUUGCACCAUUAUCUGUCAUCAUUCCAGCUCAAAACACUGGUUUAGGUCCAGAGAAAACAUCUUUCUUCCAAGCUCUCUCAAUUCCAACCAAGAUUUCCAAAGGUACCAUUGAAAUCAUCAACGAUGUACAUAUUUUGAAGCCUGGUGAUAAAGUUGGUGCUUCUGAAGCAACAUUGUUGAAUAUGUUAAACAUUUCACCGUUCUCGUACGGUUUAAUUGUUGAACAAGUGUACGAUUCUGGAACGAUUUUUGCACCAGAAAUUUUGGAUAUUAAACCAGAAGAUUUACGUGCGAAAUUCCAAGCUGGUGUUGCUAAUAUUGCUUCGGUUUGUUUGUCGAUUGGUUAUCCAACAAUUGCUUCAGCUCCACACAGCAUUGCAAACGGUUUCAAGAACUUGUUGGCUAUUGCUGCUGUUACAGACGUUGAAUUCAAACAAGCUGCAACCAUCAAGGAAUUCAUUAAGGAUCCAAGCAAAUUUGCUUCAGCUGCUACCACUGCGGCUCCAGCCGCUGCUAGUGCUGCACCAGCUGCCGCAGCUAAGAAGGAAGAAAAGAAAGAAGAAUCUGAAAGUGAAGAUGACGAUAUGGGCUUUGGUCUUUUCGAUUAAAAAUAACAUCUUUGUAUUUUGAAUACGAUAUUUUUGCUGUAUUUGUAUUUGCCAGACACGUCAAUACAAUACUUUGAAACAUUUAAAAA